AUGGAGAACGUUCUUGACGAUAUCUCCCACCGGAGAUACAAUCCCCUUCGCGGAUCUUCUAUCUUGGUUUCCCCUCACCGGACCAAACGUCCCUGGCAAGGAGCGCAAGAGAGCGCCUCCAAGACCACCCUGCCCAACCACGAUCCAGAGUGCUACCUUUGCCCCGGGAACAAGCGCGCGCAGGGCGAUACCAAUCCCAAUUAUGAAAGCACAUUCGUGUUUGUGAACGACUACAGUGCCGUGAAGGAAGAACAGGCGCACUACGAGCCUUCGAACGAGGAUGAACUCGAGUCGCGCUUCCUCAAAGCUGAGCCUGUCACCGGCAAAUGCUACGUACUCACAUUUUCGUCCGCCCACAACCUCACCCUGGCUGAUUUGAGCCCCCGCGAGAUCAUUCCCGUGAUCGACGCCUGGACGGAGAUCUAUACCGCGCAUCUUUCUCCCACCUCUCCACUCGCCCAGGUCGCACCCGCAACCACUCUGCCUCCGACGACAAACACCGCCAAGCCCAAGGAGCAAUACCGCUAUAUGCAAAUCUUUGAAAACAAGGGCGCAGCCAUGGGAUGCUCAAACCCGCACCCCCACGGCCAAGUCUGGACCACCAGCUCGCUGCCCGAAGAGCCGGCUGCUGAAAUGGAGCAGCUGCGCAAGUACCGACAGCAGCACGGUGGUAGCCACUUGCUGGAAGACUACGCGACUUUAGAAAGUCGCAAGCAAGAGCGAGUCGUUUUCGAAAACGAGGCGUUCCUCGUCGUCUGUCCGUGGUGGGCAACAUGGCCAUUCGAGACAAUGAUCGUCAGUCGCACUCACAAGCGGGCCCUGGUUGAUCUCUCGGAUGCCGAUAAGAUGCUUCUUGCCGAAGCUAUUGCGGAGAUCACUCGCCGUUAUGAUAACCUCUUUGAGACGCACUUCCCGUACAGUAUGGGAAUUCACCAGGCACCGCUGGAUGGCACCGCCGAGGAGGUUGAGGCCUCGUACUUACAUUUGCACUUCUAUCCCCCUCUUCUGCGCAGUGCCACAGUCCGCAAGUUCUUGGUUGGUUAUGAGCUGAUGGCGGAGCCUCAGCGUGAUAUUACGCCUGAGCAGGCCGCUGCUAAGCUCCGUGCUUGCGGGGGUGAGCUUUACAGGAGGAAGCUAGAUUCCUAA